UUCAUUCCCCUUCACCUAUAUUACCUUUAUAAUUUCUUUUUUAUAUUUGUGUUUCUCUGCAGAUGGUAUAUCGGAGUUCGUACAUAGAAUUUCAUGUAAAUCAGAUCAACACAGAAUAUGUGGUUAUGAUACUAAAUACGUGUAGCUACAGAACCAUAGAAUGUCAAAAUUAUUGGAUUUGCCAUCAAAAAAGAUUUUUAUAAGAGACUUACAGCAAGCAGUAAAAUGUGUAACAAAUAGCACAGAGAAUCAACAGAAAAGUAUAAAGGAAUGGCAAUCCAAGGGAAGAACAUUUAGUGUUGUUUGGAUUCAGGGGACAGUACUUCAGGUAUCACAUGACUCUGACAUGAUGUUGAUAGAUGAUGGAACAGGGGUAGUAAAAGUAAUUGGAUGCUGUAAAAUACCUCAUAUGCCUGAAAAGUUGAAACACGGACAAUAUGCUAUGGUUAUUGGGCAGUUGAUGGCAGUAGGAAAUAUCCCAGUACUGAGGGCUCUCAAAUUUCAGAACUUAACAAACCACUUAGUAGACCUAGAAACAUGUUGGAUACUGGAAGUUCUGGAACACAUACAGAAUGGAGAAUAAAAACAAUGACUAUUACACACAUUUUAAAAUGUAUAUUUUCUUAUAAAUAAAUAUAUUUUUCAAAGCAUA